AUGUGUUUGAUAAAAUGCUCCUUCCAGUUCGACCCUAUAGACAACUAUCUGCUAGAUUGUGGAUCACCCACGAACAGCUCCAUACGCGAUAGGGUUUUCUUAGCGGAUACUUCCGAUUCCGAUCACCGUUUCCUUUCAAACCCAGAACAAGAAUCUGUAAACACAUCAAAUUCCCAACCCAUUUCAUCCACCUACGGAUCAUCACUAUACACAACCGCCAGAAUCGUAAACAAAACAUCAAAUUACACCUUCUCCAUUAACCAACACGGCCGCCAUUUCAUCCGCCUCUAUUUCUUCCCAUUUCCGUUAGACGCCGGAACCUACAACCUAACCACCGCUAGAUUCUCCGUCUCCGCCCACGGUUUCACCCUCCUGAAAAAUUUCCAACCCGAUAAUACCCCUGUCGUUAAAGAAUUCUCUUUAAACAUCACUUCCGAUGAACUCAUUCUCACAUUCACCCCUUCCCCCAAUUCAUUCGCGUUCCUAAAUGCCCUAGAAGUCAUCUCCCACCCAAACGAACUCAUCCCCAUCACAGCCCGAGCUGUAGAGCUUCCACAUACCCACCACAAUCUGAUGACGCAAGCACUACAAACAGUCGCUAGGGUUAACAUGGGAAAUCAAACAGUCUCCCCUGAUAAUGACACCUUAUGGCGACUAUGGAAUCCAGAUGGAACCUUCAUGAAACACAACAAUCUUGUUCGAUUUGUCUCAAAUAUAAGCGCUGUAAACUACACAGCAGGAAGUCCAGCUUUUGAUAUCGCUCCUUUAUCUGUGUAUGGAACUGCGACUAAACUUGAUACCGAAUCUGACCCUGGUGCUCUUCUUAACAACACUUGGUCUUUUAAUGUUGACCCGGGUUUUUCCUAUUUAGUCCGGUUUCAUUUCUGUGAUAUAAUCGAACGUCCACCUUCAGAACUCAUCCUCAACAUCUACUUAAACUCCAUGUCAGUUGCUAAAGAUCUUAAACUUGGUGACCAAAUGUCAAAUAUCUGGGGUGCCCCUUUUUAUUUAGAUGCUAUCACAAAGCUAAACGGGAAUGGAAUCCUAAAUGUAAGUGUAGGGACAUCUCUUGCUUUCGGGGCAUACCCGGAAAGCAUUCUAAACGGGCUUGAAAUCUUGAAAAUUAGUAAUUCCAAUGGGAAUCUUGAUGAAGGUGGGACAGGGGUAAAUUCGUCAAACUCAAAUUCAAAUUCGAAAAUCUUGGUGAUUAUCGUCUCUAGUGGCGCGUUGUGUGUUUUGAUUCUUUUGUGUUGUGUGUUCUUUGUAAUCACAAGAAGAAAUAGACGUAAACGAAAUGAAGAGUACUCGAGUGCGAAUGUUCAUAAGACAAAUGACAAAAAUACCCUUUUCUCAAGGCCUCGGGGAAUGGUGAGUUUGGUUGAGUGGGUUAAUGAGAUGAGAAAACGGGGCGAAUUGGAGAAAGUGUUUGACCCGUUUCUUGUGGGGAAGAUGAAGAUGGAGUCUGUGAAGAAGUAUGUGGAGAUAGGGGAGAAAUGUAUAGCGGAACAAGGGGUGGAUAGGCCUACAAUGGGGGAUGUACUUUGGAACCUUGAAUGUGCCCUUCAGUUGGAGGGUAGUGAAGUAAAUGCGCCUAAAGUGGAAAAUGAGUCUGUUAGUAGUAAUGUGUUUAGUGAGGGAAGUGUGGGAGAUUUUGCUGGGGUUUCGAUGAGUAGGGUUUUUUCAGAAAUGGUUAAAGGUGAAGAACGUGAAAUGAGGUGA